AAUUCUGGCUUGAUGUUUGGUCCACCUGUUAGCUGGCUCUGGUGCUUGGUAGUCUUCUCAAACCUCUGAAUCAAGACCACCAUGAGAGGCCUUCUGAAGACCAUCAUUACGCUUCAGAUCCAGUUGUCUUUACUUUGAGCCUACCACAAUCCCUGUGCACCAGCUAUGGAAAGUGCAGACCAAACUUCUACCUCCACCUAUAGAACUGAACUGGAGUCUAUGAACUAAUGCUGUGUUCGAGACAACUUGGAUGUUGGAUAUUAUUGACCUUAAACCCGUAAGAAGUCAGGAACAGGAAACAAAGUGGAGUAUCCGACCUCUCAACUUGGACCAGAUCGAUCAACACCGACCUCAACGAGAUGCGUCAUUUGACAUUGCAGACAAGGUGGUGGCUAGCCUUUCACAGCCUUACAUGAACCGCAAACAAACUUUAAACAGCACGUAAUAUAGAUGAACAUGAAUGUUAAAUUAUCCAGUAACCGUUUUCUGCCAUAAUUGGCACAAGAGCACAAACUUCUCCUGGCGUCUCAUUAUGUGGUAAACACGCAAAUGUGAUACGUGAUUGACUGGAAUGCAUUGAGGUCGGAGGUAGGAUAUUUAAUGACAUAACAUCAGAAAUCAGAGUUGUCUGUAACACUGCACAAUAUUUCACCUAAUUGUUAGCACCUGAUUAUCAUGUUUUUAACACAACCAUUGAUUGGUCACACGGAUGAAGGCAGCAAGCAGAGACAUUUGUCCUUUGUAUCUCUCUCAAAAAAAUUAAUCUAUUUUUAAUGUUAAAAAACACUUACAGUAGACUGUGUUAGAUAACUGUGCUCUUGGAAGUCAGCUUAAGUGAACAAAUGGUAAUGUUAAUGAAAAGUUCAUUUUUGUCACUGUUGCAAACUAACCACCACACAGAAUAUGAAGAAUAGCCAGAACUGUGGUAAUAAGCUAGCCCUAAAAUGUUGUGAGAAUCUUGAUGUAUUGGACACAGGUGUGUAGUAUCUGUUAUAUAUUGACGGUUGACAGGUUUGUUUGCAUGUAAUUGCAUUAUUAAUUUGGUGUUGAUAGUCCAAUGUUGAUUUGGGAGAAAUAUUUAAUUUCUUUUCUUUUUAGAUCCUUUCUCUUUUUAAUGCAGCACUUAAGGAUGAACCACCCUGAUCUACUAAGAUGCACAGAUUCAACUCUGGCCCAGCAUCAUCCCCAUACCUCAUCUGCCAUCAGUUCAAUUUAAUUGGAGUCAUUUUAUUUUCAUAAUAUUUCAUAAUGCCCAACAUGAAAGCGAUCGGGAAGCUGUGGAGGAGCCGCUGCCCGGCCUUCGCAGAUUCAGCAUGCCCAACAUCACCCUGGACCCAGACGUUCGCAGGCGACUGAGGCGUACCACAACCAAACCCCCAACGCGAUGCAGCUCCGCGGAGCGCGUUCGGGUAAACAAAGACGCCAUCGCCCAGCAUGAAAGCGGUAAGACUCCGCUUGUUAUUGUAACAUGUACUACUUGCUACAUGUAUAGUUUAGCUUCUGCCGUUAGCAUAGAUGGGUUUACAUGCACUAAGUGUAUUGAAGUAUUAAGAUUAACUGAGAAGGUUGCUGAACUAGAAUCGCGCAUCCGAACGCUAGUUGAGGAUAGCAAAACCGCUAAUGUUACUGUUGUAAAUACUGUAUCGAGCGAAAAGACUAAUGGCUCGGUUCCGACAUCAGAUGCUAAUGUAAACAUUACAAACAAUGUAUCGAGCGCACAUAGUGUUCCGACAUCAGAUGCUAAUGUAAACAUUAUAAAUACUGUAUCGAGCGCGCAUAGUGUUUAUCAUAAUACACAUGGCUCGGUUCCGACAUCAGAGUCAAGUCGGCGGUCUAACUGGGUGACUGUCAGGCGGCAUAGUCAUAUACGGCGUCCAUCUAAGACCCAUAACGUUACGGUACUUUCUAACAGAUUCGAUCCCCUAAGGAAUACACUAGCUGAAACACCUGUUAAAAGUGCCCUGGUCAUUGGAGAUUCUAUACUCAGGAACACUAACAUUGAGGCACCAAACACCCUAGUCGACUGUAUACCGGGAGCCAGAACGUCUGACAUUAGAUCCAAACUUAAAGUGCUGGCUAAUGCUAAACGGAAGUUUUCUAAGAUUGUUAUUCACGCCGGAACAAAUGACACCAGACUCCGACAGUCGGAAAUCACCAAAGAUAAUAUUAAGGAGAUGUGUGAAAUUGCAAAAACAAUGUCAGACAAUGUAAUAUGCUCUGGUCCCCUCCCCGCCUACCGGGGAGAUGAAACACAUAGUAGAUUAGUGUCUCUCAAUGGCUGGAUGUCAAAGUGGUGCCCUCAGCAUAAUGUAGGGUUUAUAGACAAUUGGAAGCAUUUCUGGGGUAGACCAUUUCUCCUAACCCGAGAUGGCCUUCAUCCGACAUCAGAAGGAAGUGCUAUACUCACCAGAAAUCUGAUUAAUAUUCUUAAUUCUGAUAUAGUAUGACUAUCCAGGGCCCAGGUCAGGAAACAGACGGAUCAGCUUAACUGUCCGUCUGUUAGCUGGCAUGAUAUGUCUAGAUCACAUAUAUCCCAGUACUUCGAGUCGAUCUUACCAGAAUAUCAACACAUUUCAACUGUAUCUGUUCCCCGAACAAGCAAAUACAGAGCACCGCUUGCCACAUCACGUACAAAUUUGACCAACAUAAAAUUAGAAAACAAUACAUUACAAGAUGAACCUCGAAUGUUAAAAUUCGGCCUUCUUAACAUUAGAUCGCUUACCAAUAAAGAACCUAUUGUUAAUGAAAUAAUUAAUGACCAAAACUUAGAUGCACUCUGUUUAACAGAAACCUGGCUUAAAGCAGACGACUACAUUAGUUUAAACGAAUCCACCCCACAAGACUAUUAUUAUAAACACGAACCUAGGUUAAAGGGGAGAGGGGGUGGUGUAGCUACAAUAUACAACAAAAUUUUUAAAGUAAACCAAAAAUCUGAACUAAAAUUUAAAUCAUUUGAACUAAUGUUGUUAAAUAUGGAAAUAACUGAUCGUAACCACAAACAGCUCUCUUUUGCCUUAGCUACAAUCUAUAGACCUCCGGGCCACCAUGCAGAUUUCCUUAAAGAAAUAGCAGAUUUUCUGUCUGAGCUUGUAGUCACUGUAGAUAAAGCUCUUAUCGUUGGUGAUUUUAAUAUUCAUGUGGAUAACCAUAAAGAUGCAUUAGGACGUGCGUUUAUGGAUGUUCUAAAUUCUCUCAAUAUUAGACAAAACGUGACAGGGCCAACGCAUACUCGUAAGCACACAUUAGACUUAAUUCUGUCACUCGGGCUUAAUAUUAAUGACAUCAAAAUAUCACCUCAGAGUGAUGCAGUUUCUGACCAUUACCUUGUGUCAUACACUGUACUUCUAGAUAGGAUCAUUCAAUCCACAACAUGCUACAGAUUAGCCAGAACAAUAAUUUCCACCACUAAAGAUAGCUUUAUUAGCACUCUUCCAGACCUGUCCCAAAUUAAACAUGCAGAUAACUGUGAUGAUCUAGAUAUUGUAAUAGAAAACCUAAACAAUGUCUGUUCUAACACAUUGGAUGCCGUUGCUCCCAUUCGAAAAAAGAGAAUCAAAGAAAAACCGCCAGCUCCAUGGUAUGAUCAUCACACCGCAGCUCUUAAAAAGGCAACUAGGAAAAUGGAAAGAAAUUAUAGAAGCACAAAAUUAGAAGUAUGGCGUGCAGCAUGGAAAGAUAGUGUUAAACACUACAGACAGGCUAUUAAAACCGCCAGAUCUACCUAUCUUAGCAAGCUUAUAAAUGAGAAUCAUAAUAACCCUCGUUUCCUCUUUAGCACCGUUGCAAAACUGACUAGAAACAAAGAACAAACAGAAACCAAUAGUAAACUCCAACACAAUAGUAACGACUUCAUGAACUUCUUUUCUAACAAAAUUACGGCUAUAAGGGAAAACAUCGUAGCUACACAGGCAGCCACCACUCUACCCGUUAGUUCACUUAACACUAGACUACCACACGAACAUCUUGAUUCAUUUAAACCUACUACAAUAGAAGAGCUCUCUAAACUAGUAACGUCAUCCAAAUCAUCGUCCUGUAUAUUAGACCCCGUUCCCACAAAACUACUUAAAGAGGUAUUUCCUGUAGUGUCAACCCCGGUUCUAAAUAUCUUUAACUCAUCGCUAGAAAUAGGAUACGUUCCAACAUCUUUCAAACUAGCAGUUAUUAAACCGCUGAUUAAAAAACCACAGCUUGAUCAGGGAGAGCUUAAUAACUUUAGACCAAUCUCAAAUCUCCCUUUUUUUCCGAAAAUAUUAGAAAAGGUAGUGGCAAGCCAGUUACGCACAUUUUUGACAAAUAAUAGUACAUAUGAAAAGUUCCAAUCAGGAUUCAGGCCCCACCAUAGCACAGAGACAGCGUUGCUUAGAGUUACAAAUGACCUCCUAUUAACAUCCGAUCGUGGUGAAAUCUCAAUUCUUAUAUUAUUAGACCUUAGUGCAGCCUUUGACACAAUAGAUCAUACAAUCUUACUCAAUAGACUAGAAAACUAUGUUGGUAUCAGUGGUCAGGCGCUAGCAUGGUUUAGGUCGUAUCUAACCAAUCGCUAUCACUUUGUUUAUGUAAACGAGGAAGAGUCAUAUCACUCCCUGGUUAAAUACGGUGUACCGCAGGGAUCGGUUUUAGGUCCUAUCCUGUUCUCGUUAUACAUGUUACCUCUAGGAGACAUUAUCAGGAAACAUAACAUAAGUUUUCACUGCUAUGCGGAUGAUACCCAGCUUUACAUCUCCUCACAUCCCAGCGAAACACACACGUUUUCUAAGCUAACAGACUGCCUUAGCGAUGUUAGUGACUGGAUGGCACAUAACUUUCUUAAGCUGAACUCCAAUAAGACAGAGAUACUUAUUAUUGAACCGAAUCGCUACAAACAUAAUAUGUCAGAUUACACGUUGCACAUAGAUGGCUGCACUGUGGUGCCAUCUUCCACGGUAAGGAACUUAGGUGUGAUGUUCGACAGCAACUUAUCUUUCGAUAGUCAUAUCGCCAACGUCUGCCGUACAGCUUUCUUCCACCUUAGAAAUAUCUCGAAAAUACGCCAUAUACUGUCUACAUCUGACGCAGAGAAGCUUAUCCAUGCUUUUAUGACCUCUAGAAUAGACUAUUGUAACUCGCUACUCGGGGGAUGCCAUGCAAAUCAAGUAAACAAGCUUCAGCUAGUUCAAAACGCUUCCGCAAGGGUACUUACUCGAUCUAAAAAGUACGACCACAUAAGCCCAAUUCUGGCAUCUUUACACUGGCUACCAGUUAAAUAUCGCAUACAAUUUAAAA